GAGUGACUGAGGUGGAGGCAGCGAGAGCCUGCGACGGAAAAACAAGCGAGCGCAGGUCGAGGAGUCCGCACUCACUCCACGUUUGAGAAGAAAGAAAAAGCAGCGAGAGCCGAGGCGAUGUGGAUGUAAACCGUAUUUGUGUCGCUUCCUCUCGGGCCUAGUUACUCGUUGUUUGGUGCGGGGAGGAGAGGAGGGUGGUGGUGGAGGUGGUCUCCGGUUUUAUUGGCGUGUUGAACGUGUCGCUGUUUGCCCAUUCUCACUGGAGUGAACACUAAGGGGGACUCCAUGAAAGAUGACAGAGGAGGUGAUUGUUGUAGCCAAGUGGGACUACAUGGCCCAGCAGGACCAGGAACUUGACAUCCGUAAAAAUGAGCGUCUCUACCUCCUGGACGACUCGAAGACCUGGUGGCGCGUCCGCAACAACGCCAACCAGACGGGGUAUGUGCCAUCGAAUUACGUGGAGCGCAAGAACAGCCUGAAGAAAGGUUCGCUGGUGAAGAACAUCAAAGACACGCUCGGUUUGGGAAAAACUAAGAGGAAGGCAAGCGCCCGCGAUGCCUCCCCGACGCCGAGCUCAGACACAGAGUAUCCUUCCAACGGCAGCGGGGGUGGAGGGAUGGGAGGCGGAGGAGGAGCCGCGGAGCGAAUCUACGACCUCAACAUCCCCGCCGUGGUUAAGUUUGCCUACACAGCGGAGAGAGAUGACGAGCUGACCCUGCUCAAGGGCUCCAGAGUGAUGGUGAUGGAGAAGUGCAGCGACGGCUGGUGGCGGGGCAGCCAGGCGGGGCGGGUGGGCUGGUUCCCCUCCAAUUACGUCCAGGAGGAGGUCAUAGGGGCGGAUGACAGAGGGGAGGGGGAUUCCUCUCGGGGCUACGGAGGUUCUCAAGGAACUUUGUUGGCCAACGGGCGCGCGGGAGGCCGCGGCGGAGUCCUUCACCUGGUUCAGACACUCUACCCCUUCAGCUCUGUGACAGACGAGGAGCUAAACUUUGAGAAGGGGGAGGUCAUGGAGGUGGUGGAGAAGCCGGAGAACGACCCGGAGUGGUGGAGGUGUAAGAACUCGCGCGGCAUGGUGGGCCUGGUGCCUAAAAACUAUGUGAUGGUGCUGGACGAGCAGCCCGGCCUGCCCCUCUCCACGUCGAGCUCCCCCCAGAACCGCUCCGUGGCAGCGGCGCGCACAGGGAGGUUCGCCGGGAGGGACUGGUACUACGGCAACAUCACCAGACACCAGGCCGAGUGCAUACUCAACGAGAGAGGGGAGGAGGGCGACUUCCUCAUACGAGACAGCGAGUCAUCGCCAAGUGACUUCUCUGUGUCUCUGAAGGCGGUGGGCAAGAACAAGCACUUUAAAGUGCAGCUGGCAGACGGAGUGUACUGUAUUGGCCAGCGCAGGUUUAACUCCAUGGACGAACUAGUGGAGCAUUACAAGAAAGCCCCCAUCUUCACCAGCGAGCACGGGGAGAAGCUGUACCUGGUGAAAGCGCUACUGUGACUUCACACAUCCUCACGCCUACACUGGAUCUCAUACACAAACACCCGAAAUACUAACGCCACUCCCCGACUGUCUUAACUCAAGCCUUAGCUGUGGACCCUCUCGCUGUGGCGCCCGCACCACAUCCGGAAGUUUCAUUUGUCUCCCUCCGGUGGCGAAACAGGUGAAACUUUUUUUUCUAGCGCUUCAAUCGAGCAGUUUACCCCAGGAUGCGUGGAUGCUCUAACGUGCAGCGGUAUCUGCUGCUAACAGAACGCCUGAGGCCUUGUUGGGGGUUAAGCUCUCCUUCUGAUGUCAUACAUAAUGUCCAUUUACUAGCACGCACAUUGUAAGUUACACCGUUGCUCUUAAUCCACACGGGAGAACAGAUAUUUAACAGUUCAAAGAGGACUCAGACCUCUACGGGACCUAACUCUGGUGUUGUCUUGUCAACAUGCUGACCAUUGUUUUAUUUUGUCCGUUUAUUUUUUAAAGGAAAUGCUCAGUUAACUUUUUUUUUUUGUUUUAGUUUUUAAGAUAAUUUAAAUUCCUCUCUGGAGGUUUGAAGGUUUGCUUCUUUUUUUUUUUUCCUUUCAGUGACUUCACAAAGUGACCAGAAUCACUCUCUUGCCUUUUUCUCCUUGUUUUCCACCGCUACCAUACAUAUAUUUUCUCACUCUUUAGUUUCCAUCUCCACAGACCUAGCCAUGAUCAGCGAUGUUGUGUAAGAAAAUAAUAAUAAUAAUAAAAAUCUGGACACUUCACUCCCUGUAAUAUUUGUAAAAGGCAGUUCUGGGGAGCAUUAAUGCAAUAGGUGAGACCUCUGAUUUCCUGUAGAGUUUGAAUGUUUAUCCGUGUAACCAAAUGUGCCACCCUGUACCAUUACUACUGGCUCCAGGUCCGCACUGCACUCACUAUACUUGGCAUUCAUUCAUUGCUCAAUGCUUUAUAUUGUGUUACACUGAACAUGUUACUGCUCCGUUCUCCAGUUUGUGUCUGUUGCUACGCGAGAUACUGACUGACUGACUGAAGAAGAAGAAGAAGAAUAAACUUCUUUUUGGUAACACUUUUGAGUAACUACAUUUGAUCGAAAAGUGACAGAACUGGGGUCAUUUAAAAAGAAAUACCUUUAAAUCACUUUCUCAAUUCUUCUAUAGGUUAGCACAUAAUUAUGAAACAGGCCAGAACCUGGUAUUUGCUAGCAGCUCUAACAGAUCCGUGGCCAUUUAGCUUGCAGAUAUGAGGGGGGAGUCUGUAAUUCACUCCCUGGCCUUUACAAAAAGACAGUGUGUUAAUCUGCCUUAACACAAUUGUUAGCGAUUAUUAGCAUGUCCGGCUAACUUGCUAUUAGCUGCAGCCAACUAGUCGUAGUGAAAUCGAUGAUAAUUUGUUAUCUAAAAUAAAUACAUUUUGAGUUGUCACACACUCUUUACAACAACAAGGUACAUCUAUGGGUCAUCCUUCACUGUUGAACCAAAUACAUUCGUCACCUGGUUAAAUACUAACGGAGAAUCUAGUCCUACCAAACGUUUUCCUGUCUCUUUUUCAUUUGCUAUGUGCAUUUGUUUACCAAUGGAAGUGUUGAUCAUGGGGUCCUCAGCUUUUAUAUGAUAUAUCUGAAUGUUAUUGAGCAUUGUUAUUUAAUUCUUGUCUCCACUGUAUGUAUAUAGUCCAAAUAAGAAGAGGUGCAUAUAUGAAUCAUUAAGAUCCAACUAUGGUACUGUAUCACCGACAACGUGAUGAGAAUUGAGAUACUUUUGUUCAAUAAAAAUUUUUGAAGAAUACUAA